AUGAAUGAGUUUGUGAUGACUGAAGCCCGCAGCCACUUUGUCGGUCAUCGGGGGCAGAUAAUCCUGGGUGCCAAGAACAACCGUGACUGGAGUUUGUUUUAUUUGGGCCUUUUGAGAGCAGAGAGAAUGCAGCAUGCCUGCUUUGCGGUAUUCUUCCUCUUUCAUGUGCUCACUGUCCUGGGGAACCUUCUGGUUAUCAUAACCAUCAAUGCUAGCAAGACUCUGAAGUCUCCCAUGUAUUCUUUCCUGAGCCACUUGGUCUUUGCUGACGUAUGUUAUCCAUCUGCUUACCAUACCCAAGAUGAUGCUGACACUUUUGUGGAGCAUAAGUGCCCUCACAUCGCUUCAAUCGGCUGCAUGACCCAGCUCUUUUUGCCCCACUUCUUUGGGACCCUCCUCACGGUUCAGCUGCCUUUGUGGGCCAAUGAGAAUCGAAACUUCUGUGAUGUUCAUCCCCUGCUCAAGUUGUGCUGUGCAGACACCUACUAUGGUGGUCUCCAUGUGGGUGCAACACGUGAGGUUUCUUUAGUCUCCUUCUUUAUCCUUCUCAUUUCCUAUGUUAUCAUCUUUACUGAAACUUUAUCUAUAGACAAAAGCAUGGCAUUAUUUUACGUAUUUUACAGUAUUCUGACACCUAUGUUGAAUCCACUCAUCUAUACCCUGAGAAAUGAAGAGGUAAAAAAUGCCAUGAGAAAGCUCUUUACAUG